AAGAAGUCCCUGCCCUGCCCUGCAGUGCACACCUCUCGCUCGCCUAACAACUGGUAGAGCUCGAGCGCGCCAGCACUUGUCGUCUCGCUCCCUAGUCCCUAUCCUCCUCCAUUGGUGAAGGUUCUCCCUUGAGUUGCACCACCGUCUUCCUCCCAUCCGAGCUCCCGCUAUUCCUCCACUACUCACUGUACCAGUAGGCUGCGUCCCGGCGUUGCCUGCUAGAUCUCGGUGGAGGAGCUGAGGAGAUCUAUGGCGAGCAGUGUUGGGGGAGAUGCUGGGGAAGGGGAGUGGCUCAAGGUCGCUGAGCUGAGAGCCAUGGCCGAAGCCCAGGACCCGCAUGUUAAGCUGGUCGAUCUGCUCUUCUCCUGGACUCUGGGAACAUGUAGAAGGAGGUUGACAACAUGACGCUCCGGAGGUUCCUGCGAGCGCGCGACCACGACGUGAGCAAGGCCUCGGCGAUGCUCCUCAAGUUUGUGGCAUGGAGGCGGGAGGCCGUACCUGGCGGUGUCAUGCCGGCGGAACAGGUGCGUAGAGAGCUCUCAGACGACAAGGCCCGCAUGGGCGGCGUCGACCGCGCCGGUCGCCCCGUCGUGUUCGCCUUUCCGGCCAAGCACUUCUCUGCCAACCGCGACAUGGCCGAGCACAAGCGAUUUCUUAUCUACUUGCUGGACAAGAUCUGUGCGAGGAUCCCUCGAGGGCAGGACAAGUUCAUGUGCGUGGUGGACCUCAAGGGGUGGGGAUAUGCCAACUCCGACGUCCGGGCCUACAUCGCCACCAUCGAGAUCAUGCAGAGCUACUACCCGGAGAGGCUGGGCAAGGCGCUCAUGGUCCACGUGCCCUACAUCUUCAUGAAGGCCUGGAAGAUGGUGUACCCCUUCAUCGACACCAAUACCAGGGCCAAGAUCAUGUUCAUCGACGAUAAGAACCUGGAUGAGACGCUGCGGCAGGAAAUGGAGGAGAGCCAGGUGCCAGAGAUCUACGGCGGGAAGCUAACUCUGAUUCCCCUCGCCGACGACUAGCUUCCUAGAUAGAUCGAUGCACGCAGUAUGUAUGUCAUGGCCUGUAGGGUUCAGGCUCGACAGAGAAGUGCUUGCUUCUUACGAAAAUUAAAAGUAAAAGAAUAUGUGAAGAAGCAAAGCUAUGUUCGCAGCUA